CAGGCCGCCGGCCGAGCGGGGCAGAAAGCCCCCACCCCAGGGAAGGACCCCGCCAGCCUCAAGGUGGAGAAUGAGCGGCUCUUUGCGGAGUUUGUGGCCUUCUGCUCCAUGCACACGGCUGACCACCCGGAGGUGAUCCCCUACCUGUCGGGGCGGCACCAGAAGGCAGCGCCCGCCUUCCUCUCCUCCGUGGAGUUCCGCAAUGUCCUGGGCCGCUGCCUGGCGCGGGUGCAGGCACGCAGCACCAAGGUCUACGUCUACAUCAAUGAGCUCUGCACCGUCUUCCGGGCCCACAGCCAGAAGAAGAAGCUGCCCCUGCCAGCUCCGGCGCCGGAAGCCCCCGGUCCCAGUGCCGCCCCUGCGGGCCCCACUGCAAAGGCUCCGGGCGAGGGCACCAAGCGGCAGAUCCGCUACCUGGAGAACCUGCUGCGGCUCCAUGAGGCGGAGAUCCGGAAGCUGCAGGAGCGGGAGCUGGACCUGGAAGAGCUGGACAGCGAGGACUCGACGUACCUGCAGGAGAGCCGGCUGAAGCGGCGCAUGGUGCACAUCUUCAAGCGCCUCUGCCAGCUGAAGGACUGCAGCAGCCUGACGGGGCGCGUCAUCGAGCAGCGCAUCCCCUACCGCGGCACCCGUUACCCAGAGGUCAACCGGCGCAUUGAGCGCCUCAUCAACCGCCCAGAGGCCUUUCCUGAUUACGCCGACAUCCUCAAGGCCGUGCAGAAGGCCAGCGCCCGCCACAGCCUGGGCUUGCCCAAGCGCCAGAUGGAGAGCAUGGCGGCCGAGGCCUUCCGCGAGGUCGGCAACCGCCUCCAGGAGCGCCGCCACCUCGACCUUGUCUACAACUUCGGCAGCCACCUCACCGACCAGUAUCGGCCCAAUUUGGAUCCGGCCUUGUUGGACCCUGAGCUGGCCCGGCGCCUGCGCCAGAACCGGGAAACGGCCCUGCAGCGCCUGGAGGAGGUCACCUCCCAGUUUGCGCAGCUGCAGGACAGGAGCGAGGACGAGGGGCAGCGGCGCCGGAGGGAAUUGCGGGGCGGCAGAGACAGACCCGGGCCCAGCGAUGCCCCCGGGCGGCAGCAGGGGGAGCUGGCCUCUCCCCAGGAGGGCAGCCCCGGCCUGAGCGUGGCAAGUGCAGGGGCGGAGGAGGAAGAGGAGGAGGAGGAGGAAGAAGAGGAGGAGGAGGAGGAUGAGGAGGAAGAGUCCUCGUCAGAGUCGGACAUAGAAGCCGAGCUGCAGAAGAGCCUGGAGAAGGAAGAAGAAGAGGAAGAGGAAGGGGCUGCCCCAGAUGAUGACCCCCGCGUCCAGGAAGUGGAGGCCGACCAGCGCAUGGACUUGGAGGCCCCUGAGCUGGUGCCGUCCUCCUCUGAGGAAGAGCCGGAGGAAGAGGAUGAGGAAGAGCACGACCUGGAGAGGCGCAAAGGAGAGGAAUGUGGACAGCGUGUGGGGCAGGCCCCCACGGACCCCCCUCCUGUCGUGUGCACCUCCCCCUCCCAGCAGUUCCUCCUGGAGAUCGAGGAGGCCCUGACGCUGGAGGCAGGCGAGACGCCGCCCCCCACCCCCUCCCCCCCGCGCCAGACCCAGGAGGACAGCGGGGCCUCGCCGGUCUUCUUGUCGCGCCAGAAGCCGCCACAUCCCCAGCGGCCCCCGGCCAAGUGUGGUCAAGCGCAGGACAACAGCAGCCUCCACGGGGCAGGCGGGGGACCCCUGCGUGGGGUGAACGGGCAACCCCCCACCAAGCGGAGCAGGCGGGAGUCCAACAGCUGCAUUGAGGUGUCCAGCAGUGGCUCGGAGGAGGAGGAAGAUGAGGACGGAGAGGGGCGCCUCAGCCUGCCCCCCUCGCACAGCCCGGCCCCCUUGGCCGACUCCACCUGCGUCGACUCCCCAGGCUUGGGGCUGGUCAGCAGCUCCCAGGGCAGCCCCCAGCCGCAGAAUCGGCACCUUGCAGACAUCUGGAAGGCCAGCGUGGCGACCCAGUGCGACCCUGAGGAGAUCAUCGUCCUGUCAGACUCGGAUUAGCCCCCUCCCCACAAUCUGGCACAGACUUGGGGGGGAGCAGAAGGACAGGUGGACCCCCCC